AUGUCAAAAGAAGGUUAAGAAGAUAAUUUAAAAGACAAAAGGGGAAGUUAAGAUUAUAGCUUCGAAUAUUAGUAAUAUGAAUAAGCUAUAUCGAGUGAUUCAGAUAUUGAAGAUUAUAGCAUAAAGUAAAGUUUAGGUAAGCAUGCUUAGCCUUAUUCUCAUCCUUACUAAAGAGAAUAAUCUAUUCCAGUAAAUUAAUCUAAAUCUUCACUUCCUACGCGUUUGAAUCUCCACAAAAAACUUAUGGAAGAAAAUCAGGAGUAAAAUUAAAUGAAUUCAUAGAGAUUAAAUAAAAUAUUGGAAUCAGAAUCAGAUUUUAACAAAUCCCAAAACUUUAACUAAUAACGAUAAAUAACUCAAGCGAGCGAUCUUCAUCCACUUCAAAAGACAUCUCAAUUUGGGAAUAAAAGUAUUGAAAAUCAAGAAUCUCCUUUGUCAUUCAUAACAUCUACAAUUAACUACGAUUACACUCAUAAUACUCCAAAUGAAAAUUUCUCUCACCAACCUCAUACUAUAUCUAAAUCUAUGCUCUCUGAAAUCAUGGACAGAGACAGAAUUAUAAUUGAAAAAAAUAAAAUUAAUUAGGAGCUUUAAGAUAAAAUAAAUGAUUAUGAAUUUUUGCUGUUAAAAUCAACAGAAGAGCUUCGCAAAAAGUAAGAAGAGAUUGAAUUAUUCAAGCAGCAAACAUAUACCAAUAUUACUCAAUCUAAUUCACAAAAUGAUAAUAAAUCUAAUUAAAAUAGUUAAUUAAAUUUACAACAGCAAUACAUUUUAUAACAACAAGGCUUGUAAACCUAAAUUAAUCUUAAUGAUAAUUAAUUCAACUUGUAAUAUUCAUAGAAAGAAAUGAAUCCUAGUCAUUUAACAACCCCAUAGCAAUUAGAUUCAACAAGAAAAAACAGUUUAUCUUAUUAAUAGCAAAAUGAUAAUUUGAUAUCAGUCAUUAACAAGAAAUAAGAAAUAAUAAAUAAUAUAGAGUACGAACUUAAAAAAAAAGAUGAAACCAUUACAAAAGCCCAUGAGGUUAUAAAAAAAAUAACUGCAGAAUUCUCUUAGAUUUAACACUUGAAUUAAGAGUUAACAAGUACAAUUGAAAAAGUCAAAAGAAAAAAAUAAGAAUACAAAAAGAAAUACCAAAAAGCAAAGCAAGAAAUUUAAGAAUACAUCGAAAAUGUUCAACAGCUUCAAAAUUAAAUUUAACAGAUUCAUGAAGAAAAAUAAACUUAAAAUGAUUAACUUUAUGCCUUCAAAGACCAAUAAAUUAAAAAGAAAGAAACUUAAAUAACAACUUUGCAAUCUGAAAUAAAUUUGCUAUAAAGCGAAUUAAGCAAAAGCUAAUUAAUACUAAAAGAAAGUUAGUUAUUGAGUGAAGAAAAUGAGAGACUUAAAUAAGAAAUCCAAAGCUAGCUAAACGAAAUAUAAAAACUUAAGGAUGAAAUCAAAUAAAACUUUUUAAGUCAUGAAUAGCAAGUUAACCAGUUAAAAGGGGAGUUUUAAAAGACUUUAAAUUUUUAUAAAUAAAAUAUAAAAACAAAUGAUUAACAAGAGCUAUAAAAUACUUCUAAUAAAUAUAUUGAUGAUUUUACUUCUACAGAAUUUGAUAAUUGCCAAAUUGUUAUGACAAGACCUAUCAAAACAUCAAGUACAAAACCUAAAGCAAGUUAAUCUCAGAUUAAGUAGAUAUAAUAAACAGAUUGCACUAUUGAUAAAAAAAUUUAUGAUGACUGCUAAAAAAUUGAAUAGUCUGUUUUAAUGGAUACAUUAAAUAAGCUGAUUCUGAGAAAUAGCUACAUAAACUAAAUGAUGAAAAGAGAGGAUUUAGAGUUAAAGGAAAGAACUCAAAAUAAGAUAACUAAAUUGGAAGAUUUAGAUAUUUUAAUUGAUAAAAUAAAUCAAGGAAUUUAAAAAAAAGAUGAAAACAUUAAUUAAUUAAACUAAAUUAUUGAAAAAUUAUAUCAAAGACUUGCAAUUUUCAAGCAUAUCAAUGAAGAAGUUGUCAAAAAUUUUAAAGAGCUAUAAAAAAGAUUUAUUAAUUCAAAUGAAACUGUAUCUUAAAAUGAGAACCUAAUAAAUGAUAUUCAGCAAUAGAUUUAAGAUUAUUAACUAAACGAAAGAGAAUAUUUCUAUUAAGUUUUUGAUAGCACAUAAGAUUAGCUAAUUUAGCUUUAAAGUUUACAGUAGAGUGUAAAUGAAAAAAGAAAAAUGGAUUCUUAUUUGGCUACUUAUUUAAUUGCUGAAUUAGACACUUUAAUUGAAUAAACUGAAAAAUAUUUUGAAAGCUCUAACUAAGAAAAUUCGAAAAAAUCUAAUUAAAAUCAUAAUAAUGCUUAAAAUAACUUAGUUUCAAACUCAAAUUUAUUACCUACAAAUUAAAAUUUAAAAUAUUUGAUUGAAAUUAAAACAAAUUAGCUAUAGAAGCUUAUUGCAUAAAUACAACUAAAAAACUAAGAAAUAUAAGCUGAAAAAGUGUAACUUACUUGCAAAAUUUAAGAUUUAGAGAGUAAAUUGAGUGAUCUUGUCUUAGAGAAAAAUGAAUACUCGUAGUUUUUACAAAUUGAGUAGAAGAAAAAUUAAGAUUUGAGCAAUCAAAUAGAAGAAAUCAAAACUUAAUCUAAAGCAACUUUAAAUACAGAAAGAAGUGUCUGUGAAAAUAGAAUUAAGUACUUUGAAAACAAGAACUAAGAAUUGAUUUAGCAGUACAAAUAGCAGUUCAAAGAGCUAAAAUUCUAGACUAGUAAAAAAUAAAGCAUGAUUGAUCAACUUAGCAGUUAUAUUGAUACAAGCCAAAACGAAAUUUAAGAAAGUCAGAGAUGUUAAAUUGUUUAAUAUGAUUAAAAAAUGAAAAGGUCACAGAGUGCGAAUAGCUUAUCCUAAAACUAAGCAAAAAUUUGCAAAGAUAAUAAACAAGAUCUUAGUUAAUUUAAAGAAACUUUAAAUACAUAGAACACCAAUGAGCUUGAAAAAACAAUCAAAUAGAAUUAUUAAUACAAAGAAAAUGUCUGCCUAGAUUUAUAAAAUAAGGAAAAUACAUAAAAAAUAUCAAAAAAUGAAAACGAUUUUGAAGAAUCUCUAAAAAAGAACAGUUAAAUAAAAUCAAUAAUGAAAGUAAAUUAUCAUUCAAAAUUUUAAAUAAAAUCCUAAUUAAAAAAUAAAAACAAGGAAUACAAGGAAAAAAUGAAGUAAAGCUUUUAAAAAAGAGUAAAAGAACUAGAAGCUAUAUUGAAAAUAGUAAAAGAAAUUGUGAAGGGCUUUGAUUUUUCCAAUUUCAAAUAUAAAAUUAACAGCUCAAAAAAAGUGAAAAUCUCAGAUCUAUCUGAUGUAGAAUCAAAAAUAUAACUUUACAUAAACUACAAAAACUCCUUAGAGAAAAAUCCAAAUUUAAAAGAUUUUAUUGAUGAUAUUUCCCAAAUAAUUAAUGAACUUUAUGAAUAAAAUUAUUUCUUUUUAACUGGUGAAUGGAGUAAAAUACCAUUAACAAUGAAUGCCUCCAAAAUGAUAACUUUAACUUAAGAAGAAAUAUAAAAACAAUUAACACAUAAAUAAAUAUAAAAUAAUUAAGAGUUUUAGCCUAUUUUAGGUUCAUCUAAAUAAAAUUUGUUAUAAAUGUGA